UUCCUGUUUCCCAUCAUGGUGCAGGAUCAAGAUGAAAAGAAGAACCCCAUGUGGGAACUUGGCAUCCACAAGCUCUGCCUCAACAUCUGCGAGGGGGAGAGUGGAAACAGACUGACCCGGGCAGCCGAGGUGCUGAAGCAGCUCACAGGCCAGAGCCCUGUGUUCUCCAAAGCUAGAUACACUGUCAGAUCCUUUGGCAUCAGGAGAAAUGAAAAGAUUGCCGUCCACUGCACAGUCCGUGGGGCCAAGGCAGAAGAAAUAUUUGAGAGACAUCUGAGGGUGCGAGAGUACAAGUUAAGAAAAAAUAACUUUAACUUUGGAAACUUUGGUUUGAGGGUCCAAGAACAUAUCAGUCUGGGGACCAAAUAUGAUCCAAGCAUUGGUAUCUACAGCCUGGACUUCUACGUGGUGCUGGGUAGGCCCGGUUUCAGCUUCGCAGACAAGAAGCACAGGACAGGCUGCAUUGGGGCCAAACACGGAAUCAGCAAAGAGGAUGCCAUGAGCUGGUUCCAGCAGAAGUAUGAUGAGAUCAUCCUUCCUGGCAAAUAAAUUCCUGUUUUUAUCCAAAAGGCUAAUAAAAAGUUUUCACUGAAAUGUAAAAAUAAAUAAAUAAAUAAAUAAAAGAUAUACGCUAAAAUACUGACAAAUAAAAUAAUGAGUUCUGAUAUUGGAUUAAAAAUAAUCCAGCAAGGGACUGGAGGGAGUGAAGAGAGUAGGGCUGAAACAAAAGU